AUGACUCCUUGGCCAAUCCGCAGAGACUCGCACACCACGAGCGAUGUCCUCGCCACUAUCCCCCAGGUCCAUGCUGUCGACAUCCCGUGCCAGUCUCACCACUUUCGUCCCGUGAAGUUUGCAGACGAGAAACAUGACUCGAGCUCGUCUGAAUCCGACCUCCAUCCCUCUAGGAGUCGGAAGGCCCCUCGUCGGCCUCGGCAUUCUCGGUCGAUCAGCAACCCAUUUCCUUCCUUCUUCACUAGCGGCAAGAAGAAGAAGCCCGACAGUUACGAGGAAGAAGCGUCUGGUUCGGAUGAUGACGACAGUGGGACCUCGUCACAGAGGCGCUCAAAGGAGAGUUCGCGCAGGCCGUCCCAGCAUGGCCAACAUGCUCGUUAUGCCAGCAAGGACUUUACGUCGGGAUUCUGUAUGACCUGCGGUUCGAGCACGCGAUGGCCCAAGGAACUUCAUACCUUCCGGUGUACUGUUUGCUUAACCAUCAACGAUCUCGUUUCGAGAGCUCACCCCGAGGCAAGAGACCGCUCUGUAGGCUGGCCUAGAGGACCGGCCGCGCCUAGUGGCCAGCAGUCGCCCACCAUCCAGACUUCGCACACGCCCCCGGCUCAAGAUCCGGCGGAUCCGCGUUCGGUAAAGACAAUAUCAACACAUCAUACCAAGUGGCUUGUUCGGCAAUGUCUUCGCUCUUUUCUCAAGUCAUCCUUAGAUGUGAAGGAAAACAAGGAGGGUCUAGGUUUGCAUUUGCAUGCCGUCCAUAGCGAGGGUCUCAGGUCCCACGUCACGAUUCAUUCCGACAAGGGAGUUACAAAUCCGGUGGCAGUUGAUAUGAAUCAGCCAGGUGUGGGAUCUCUCUCUGCAACAUCACCAACCUACCCUCCCACGAGUGUUUUCGACGAGUCCAUGCUCUCACCGACGAGUACGACCUUCGAUCAUGCUAACCUGCGCUCCUACUCCUCUUCAUAUCCUGAGAGACCGUCGGUGGAUGCUGGAAUCCGAUCUGGUAGCGAAAGGAGGUCGCCUCGUCACCCAAGCCCUUCCGGACCAGCUCGUCCGAGAAUAUUCAAGCCCUUAGAGGACUACAUUGUCGCCUCCUUUAGCUCGUUUGAAUGUGUAAAUUCCUCAUUCUCGACCAGGCGUCACGCCGUUCCCGCUAGGUCCGACAGCCGUCCUGUUAACUCCCACAUCCACCAUCGCCGUCGCGAGUCAGCCCCCACGGAACCGACUAUCAACAAUCUCGAUCCGAAGAUGCUCAUGGUCGGUGACAUUGCCGAGAACGGGGCGUGGUGGAGCGGAGGCCAGGACAACUACUUUGUCCGACGAGCAGCCUCACAGAGACAGGAGGUUUCAUUAUCUCGGGUGUCACACAGGUCGCCUCAUAUGGACUGGGAUGAGCUUCGUGACUGGUAUUCUACAGUGAUCAACGCAGCGGAAGGGUGGAGGAACGUCUAUAAUGACAUAGUAUCCGAACAUCAGUCACAAGAGUCGUUCACCGCGCCGUCAGGGGAGAGAUUGAAAGAUAUUGAGUUUGAACUCCUGACGGCCCAGAUGCAUACUCAAAGAGUGCUCCUGAAAGCGACCGACAAUCUUCUCAUGCGCCCUGGACGUCCGAUUUCUGAACCCGAAACUUUACGGUUUCUUUUGAUAACGCUUCACAACCCGCUCCUAUAUCCUAAUCCUCCCUCGUUUCGCGGUUGGCUACAGUCGUCGACCCCCGAAAAGGCGCCGAAAACUCGAAGCCCACCGCCCAGGAAAAUGUCGGCCAGAGUCAUUCCCAUCCAGUAUGCUACGAUUAUCAAGCGAAUACUUGGACUAUUAUCGCAAUCCUCCGUGAUGUGUCACAACCACAUCAUCUCUUGGUUCGCACGACUUCCGCGAAGCCACUUCAAGCAGAUCAAGGACCUGGUAGCUGGAUUCUUGACUUAUCGUCUCCUUCGUCCAAACAGAGCGAAACCCGACUUGAGAGUCGACAUUACCAAUGGGCUAGUCCCUAGCCUAGGGGGCAGCGAAUCGACUACUGCCCAGCUCCAUGCCGCGCUAGGAGACAAUUCUGCACUGCAAAAUAAAGGUGCAGACCAGUGGGCGACAUGUAGCGAAGACUGGCAGGUUAGAGCCGCAGCACGUGUGAUGGCGUUCCUCUUUGCAGCGAAUAAUCUUCCUGUAUCAAGGCGGGAAUCACUCCUCUCAGGAUCAAAUGCGGCUCUAGAGGGUCAACCGACGCCUCGAGAUAGUAUCCAGACCCACGGCCAAAUCCUGCCUACAAGCGACUUCUAUAACACCUUCGUCGACGGCACGGAUCUCAUUGCGGAUUUCGAGACGUGGGAGUUCAAGCGAGGAUUCUCCUUCUGUCAAUACCCCUUUCUCCUCAGCAUCGCAGCUAAAACGCGGGUCUUAGAGCACGAAGCAAGGCGGCAAAUGCUCACAAAAGCCCGAGACGCUUUCUUCGAUAGCAUUCUAAGCCGCAAGAACGUAAACCAGUUCUGGGUUUUAGACGUGCGGAGGGAUUGCCUUGUUGAGGACAGCCUUAAAGGAGUGAGCGAGAUUAUUGGCAGCGGAAGUGAGGACAUCAAGAAGAGCUUGCGCAUUGCUUUUGCUGGUGAGGAGGGUAUUGACCACGGCGGUCUGCGGAAGGAAUGGUUCCUGCUCCUGAUCCGAGAGGUUUUCAACCUCGACAAUGGCAUGUUUGUUUAUGACGAGGAUUCGGGAUACUGCUAUUUCAACCCCAAUUCCUUCGAGACUUCCGAUCAGUUCUUCCUCGUCGGCGUUGUCAUGGGGCUCGCCAUCUAUAAUUCGACAAUCCUAGAUAUGCCCCUUCCUCCCUUUACCUUUAGAAAGCUGCUAGCGACAGGACCAGCUCCCGCGCCUGGUUCGGCAGCACACCCCCGACCGCUGCUGAGUUACACCCUCGAUGACCUUGCCGAGUUGCGACCUCGACUAGCCAACGGCCUACGGCAGCUCCUCGACUAUACCGGUGACGUGGAAGAAACGUUUGGUCUUGAUUUCGCCAUCGACACAGAUAGAUAUGGAACGACAGUUCAAGUUCCCCUCGUUCCUGGCGGAGCAGACAGGCCAGUCACAAACGAAAAUCGGCGUGAGUACGUCGACUUCGGAAACGCGCUCAGCCUAUUCCGGCCCGAAGAGAUUGAACUCUUGGUCCGGGGGUCCGACGAUGCCCUUGACAUUGAUGCCCUAAGAGGAGUGGCUGAGUAUGAGAACUGGGACACUGAGAAGCCCGACGAAACAGAGCCGGUGGUUCAGUGGUUCUGGGAGACGUUCGCCAAGGCCCCUCCCGAAGACCAGCGGAAGCUCCUCUCCUUUAUCACUGGGAGUGACAGGAUCCCCGCUAUGGGUACUUCGUCACUCAAGAUCAAGAUCAGCUGUCUGGGAGAUGAUUGUGAUCGGUUCCCCAUUGCGCGGACGUGCUUCAAUAUGAUUGUAUUGCACCGGUACGCCUCGCGGGAGAAGCUUGAGAGGUUGGUGUGGACGGCUGUUCGGGAGAGCGAGGGCUUUGGGUUACGAUGA